CGACCAGCGUAGUGGACUACGACGACAUUCGACAGGGUUUCGGUAAACCCCAAAGGUAAGUUUUUCGUCUAUCUCUCUAAGCGCCUCUCGCUACAACCACUGGGAGACAUACUUUGGGCCUUGAGAUCGAUCAUACCAUCGCCGAUAUCUUGGUCGGAUCCACUACCAGACCCCUCCCACUUAGUAUUAUCACAAGAUUCUACAAGCUCUACAGAGAGAGUAGCCCUGCGACGUUGCGAUUUGGCCUUGUGAAUACAGGCAACUCUUUUUUUCUCUCUAUCACUUAUGCGCAUUCCAUAGGCCCCAGUGACGUCCGCGCCUCCAGCAUUCAGGGACUCUUAGGCAACGAGGAUGCCUCUGCCUGAUGGACCCCCAUCCUCACCACCAAGCGCUUCCACGUCCGCCCAGGAUAUCAUUGCCUAUUACAAAAAACAAUAUGAACAUCUCGAAGCUGAACUUGCGGACUUCCAGUCUUCCAGUAGGGAGCUGGAGGCUGAACUAGAGAAAGACAUUGAGGCUUCAGAGAGGAGGGAGAGGAAGUUGAAUGAAAAGCUAGAAAGUGCAGCAUAUGAAAUAGAGGAAUGGAAGGCGAAAUAUAAACAAGCCAAGACGGAGGCAAAUUCUGCGCAGAGUGCGCUUCAAAAGGAGAUUACGAGUCUGCGGGAUGGAAAUCGAACGCUGCAGCUGAAACUCAGGGAUAUUGAGGUUGCAAAUGACGAUUUUGAGCGUCAAGCGCGCAACACAUCGUCGUCCUUGGAAGACCUGGAAUCAAAAUACAACGUUUCCAUAGAACGGGGCGUUCUGCUCGAGGAAGAGAUAAAACACGGAGAGCAAGAACGGGAAACCUUGCGUAUUGAAAAUCAGCGUCUCCGGGAUGAGUUGUCUGAUCUCAAAAUUGAAGCACACAUUAUCCAGGAGAAGCUUCGCAAAGCCGAACUUUUGCUUAAGCAGAAGAACAACCUUACUCUUAGCCCAGGCCUUCCGGUGCCCCAUACUCCCGAUAUUUCCGAACACUCCCCUGCUACCACAUCGUCGUCACCAACCAUUGCGACUCCACCUACGAAGUCAGUUUCAUCUGUUGCAUCUGAUAUUCAAACCCCGCCGUCACCGCCUUUCUCGGAGUCAUCAUAUCGUCUUGCGAAAGCAACCACAACUCCUUCUAUACCACGCCCUCGAGUCUCUAUUUCUGAAUCAGGCUCAAGGCCGCCAUAUCCGUCGUCCAAGACGAGACACUCUCGGGGACCCUCCAUACCCACCAGCAAUGGCAACUCAACUCCCUCCGUCACCUCUCGUCGCUCUAUUACACGGUCCUACCCGACCCAACAACCGCCUGGGUUGCCCAGGUCUGGUUCUCUGUAUCAAAUCCGAGGCCUCAUCGGCAAAAUGCAAAAACUUGAGGAGCGAGUACAGUCUGCAAGAUCCAGACUUCCUGCACCAGUUGAGACCCCUCCAAAAGUCUCUCCCCGAACGAGCUCGGCUUUAGGCCAGAAUUACAUUCCAUCUUCAGUGACUAUUAGAAGAUCUUCUAGAAAACGGACAAGUGGAAGUGUUGCUAGCUCUCGUGAUGGGGAGUCUACAUCCUCUUACGGAAGAUCUUCCUUCGGUCUUAACCAAGGGACUCCAACUCGGGCCCCUCAAAGUGAAAGCAGACCCAGUAGUAGAGCCAGUGUCUCCAGCCGUAGUUCGAUCAGCCAAUUACCUGUUGCUUCAAGUUCCAUCCCGCAACCUCGCUCCGAGAGCCGACAAAGUAUCACAGGUUCACGCACACCGCUUGGUCAUUAUUCCACCAACCCAACAACAGAGAGCCGACGACCCCGCUCAUCUCUGAGUAACUAUAGUCAUUCAGUCAACAUGGGGUAUAUUGACGAGAAUGAGGACAUCACAACCCCUACUCCACGACGCAGCACGUUUAAUAAGGGAGAUCAUGUUUCCGGAAUACCUACUCCCGGUGGCUUAAAGAAAAGGGAAUCCGGAGGAAGUACCAACAAUCCACCUUCCAUGUUACCAACACCUCGUCGCAUUAGCUCCGGCGUCGAUCGACGUGAUGGGGAUAUGGGUCCCCCAGAAAGGAAAAAUAAACUCAGCGAAGUGGGUGAAAGUUAUUAGCCUAUACCAUUCCGUUCACGCAACGGAUUCCCUUCUCUUCAUUCUCGCUUCGCUUUUUGCUCUGCUGCAUUUAGCACGACAAAAUUAUACAUACAUGUUUGCGAUAUCCAUGCCCUUUGAUUUACGAUCACGGUUCUUAUGAUAUUUAUGGCUGGCAUUAUUCUCGGGGUG